GUCAACACAACAGAGCCAUAUGGAAUAGUGCUCGGAAGUAAAAUGGUUAUGGAAAGAAGCAUUUUGAAACAGAGGACACAUUUAUGACAAAUGACGGAUAUUUUGUACGAUCAAAAAAUCGACAACGACAGUCAGACACCGUCAGAAUCAACAAGCAACAACAUAUGGUAGUUAGUUUAACCUUUUGUAAACAGAGGUAACUAAGUAUUUUCAACAUUAUAUUACGUGGCACCUGAAAUCUUCGUAAGAACACAAAAAGAUAAAAGGGAUAACAGGGAAGCAACUCACAAUGGAGGGAGGGAAGCAACUCACAAUGGAGGAAGGGAAGCAACUCACAAUGGAGGAAGGGAAGCAACUCACAAUGGAGGAAGGAAAGCAACUCACAAUGGAGGAAGGGAAGCAACUCACAAUGGAGGAAGAAAACCAUCCUUGUAGAAGGAGGCGGAUGGACCAGGAGGAGAACAAUUCUCCAAAGCUGCAUGCAGCUGUCAAUCAUAUUAAUGAUCUCCCGCCCACAAUACUCGUGUACAUUCUAAGACAGUUAAGAAUGUGUGAUUUACUACAUAGGGCUUCAUUGGUAUGCAAACUGUGGCAUCAACUGGUGUACGACCCUGACCUUUGGAGGAGGAUUGACCUUAAGUAUCAACACAAGGUCACUGAUACACAGCUGUUGACCUUGACCCAGAUAAGUGACAGGGUGACCCACAUUGACAUCAGUGACACCCUCAAUCUGACAUCUGAGGCCGUGGAGCAUGCUCUGAAGUGUUGCACUCAUCUGAGGUCUCUCCAUAUGUCAAGGUCAGUUUUUGUCCUAAAAAUUGUGUCACAAUCAUGAACAUAUAUAUAAUAUGUAGAUAUUAUGAAUUAUUUUUAUUUAUAUUA